CUGCGACUAUAUCAAGUCAACAAUGAGUUGGAAUACAAAACGAAAGAGUGCUACGUUACCACCACUGUAUCCUAAAAGCCAGUCAUCUUUUUCUCAGCCAUCUUUAGUAAACCAACUUACCACAACAUCUCAAAGUUUUUUCAGCUAUCCUGGAAGUAACCAAGAAGCAUGCAUGUAUCCUAGUAGUUCAGAUCCAGCUUCACAGCCCCUUUUGAAUAUCCAAAAUUAUCCUCAGCAAACCCCUGUUUCUGAUAUGCACAGUGGGACAGUCAUGGCCUCACAAACUUCAGUGGAAAGAAUAACAUAUGCGAAUGUUAAAGGACCCAAACCACUAAGUCAUAGUUUGCAACUGUCUUCAGGAGUUACACAAAAUGUAUGGUUGAACUCACCAGUGAGGAAUUCUACGCUUUCUCUUGCAGGAACCACUAUAUCUCAUCAAAUGGAUUUUGAAACUAAUACACCCAAUAUUUGUGCACAGCAGAAUCAGCUUGUAGCAUCAGAUACCUAUUCUAUGCAACUGCAGAUGACCCCUUCUCAUCCUCCAAGAGUUCCUAUAACUUAUCGUGGAAAUCAAGGACUUAACCAGUGUUUUUCAGAGCAGCAGGUGGAUUGGGUACAACAGUAUACACCUAAUGGAGUGUCUUAUCCAGAGUACAGACCACCUCCUAAGCAAUACUGUUACUUGCCGCAAAGCUUUUUGCAAGAUCCUGCUAUUCAGAAAAAAUUUGCAACACCAUCAAUGUCAUUACAAGGUAAAAAUAAUCAGCUUCCAAAUUCUGCAUUGACUUCACAGGCAAAACAGACUGCCACUGUCCUGUCACAGCAAUAUGCUGCUCAAACUGAUGAAAGAGCUCCUCCUCCCUACAACUGUAGGUAUAGAAGCCAGCCUCUGCAGAGCACUCAGCAUGUUAAGCACUUGGGUAUGGAAGUUCCUCAGGGUCCAGAAACGCCCGCAUCUGAAAUAAGGACAGAGUUUCAUAGAGGCCUUCAACAGCAGUGGCAAAACUCUAGUAAAAAUGUAGGCACAGUUGGGAAUUUCUGCAACUUGAAAGCGAAUUCCAGUAUCAAGCAGCCUUUUAAUGAACCAAUGAGAUCUUCUAUGGAUGGUGAUAGGACUCUUGCUCAGAAUAAUCAGGAGAAAAGAAUGGAUUCUUGCAUUCCAACUUCAAAUCAAGUAGUGGACACAGGUGUCACAAAAGAAAAGCUAGUGAGGGAUAUUAAAACAUUAGUAGAAAUAAAAAAGAAGUUUUCAGAACUUGCAAGGAAAAUUAAAAUUAAUAAAGAUCUUUUAGUGUCAGCAGGCUGUAUUAAAAUGACCAAUGCCUCUCAUAGAGAAUCAAGUCAGAAUUCUGUAUUGUCUCUGAAACAAACUGCCAAAGUCCAGUCUGUUCCACAGGUCAUCUCAAUAACUCCAGAGAUUGCACAGAGACAAUCACCAACAGUAGUGGAAUCUGCACAAACAAAUAAAACAAGCUGUAUGUUGAAUUCCAACAUUCAAGAAAUCAAUUGCAGAAAGUUUGACCAAGUCAAUUCUGGUUUAGUAAAUUCUGUCUGUUCAGAAAAGUUGUCAACACCAGGCCAGUUACAUAAUUUGAAAGUUAUGCCUUCUUCAAAGUCAUCAACUGCUGAGAUGACCCAGGUAACCUUGAGUAACACCCAGCUUUCAUCAGAAAAUGUUCUCAACCCUAAACAAAAUCUGCCAACAAGUUGUGAAACGCAUUCUGUUCCCCAUUUCACGUUGCUUGAGGAAUAUAUUUCAAAAUACCCAAAUAGAAAUACGCUACUUCUUAGUUUGCUAACACAGGGAGACAAGACUCAAAAUAAAUUAUUAGAAGAUGGUAGCCAAACUAUUCAGGGGUCUAAAUCAGACACUUCUGUAAUGAAUCCAAUUGCCAAAAAAACUGGUUACCAAAUGAAUUUGAAAGCUAUGGACGCUCCAAGUAUUCUUAGUGUAAGUGACAAGAUUUCAGACAACUCUCUUUGCCUUGAACAUGAAUCAUCAACAAAAGUGAUGCCUGUGGAAAGUGACAGUACAUGUUCCAUGGAAGUGCUAGCAACAUGUCUUUCUCUGUGGAAAAAGCAAUCUUCAGAAACUAUGAAUGAAAAGCAGCAGCAUAACUCAAGCACAGACGGAACAGCAGUUGGAAUUCCAAAGUUUACUGAUGUCUAUAUUAAGAAUCCUUGUUCAGUUGUGGAAAAUUCUCAGAGUAAAAUGGUUAAUCCCUCACAAGAAACAACUUCUUCAGUGAUAGUACAGGGUUAUGAGACAUUGGGUACAAAUAUAACUAAGGGGACAGAACUUCAGAUUGCCAUAGUGUCACCCCUAAUUAUUUCAGAGGUCAGAACAUUGUCUGUCAAAGAAAUAACACCUGAAGCUUUACCUGGAACAGUGUAUCCAACUAUUAAAGAAGGUAGUGUUUGUAGUUUACAAAAUCAGUUAACAGAAAAUACAACAGUAACUGCUGCUUUGAAAGCUGAUGUUAAUGUAGCUACCACUGCAACUUCAACCAAGGCUUUGCCACUAACUCAGGAAAAGCAGAAUGAAUCAGCUAAUGGUAAUUCAGAAGGCAUUCCUAAUGCCAGACAAGGAAAGGAUAAUAUGUCACACUCUGCUUUGGAUUCUCCUGUGAGUGAUCAGCAAACCUUGUGUAAAUCAAGGGAUAGUAUUCUUGUGGGUAGUGAUAUAUUACAGAUUGACAGUAUUUGUUCUCUUCUUGAAAGUGAUACAUCUUAUAAUUCCCAGAUAGCAAAGAUAUUCAACUCUCUCCCUUGCAAAAAGGUAGAGCCACAGAAAUCUUCUCUACCCAAUCAGCAAGAGACUGGUAGCAGAGAACAAAAACAACAAUUAGAUAUCACUGAAAAUAAAGACGUUGACUUUCAAAAAGAUAAAAGUGUACAGUGUACAGAUGUUUCACAUAAAAUGAGUGGUCAGUCACAAUCAGAGCAGCCUUCAGAACUAUCAUCUUCUAACAGUGUUGAAGCAAAUAGGGGAAUCCAAAAGGGAAGCAAUUUGGAACUUACCACUAAAAAAGAAGACAUGGCUGCUGAUACUUCUUCAGCUACUAUUGAGCAGGUUACUUACCCACAGGAAAUUGAUUCAUCCAGUAUAACUGGCAACCAUCUGGCAAGAAAUGAGAUUUACAAUGAAAAGACAUCUGACUUAUACCUACAUGACCAGCUAUCAGAACUUUUGAAAGAGUUUCCUUAUGGCAUUGAAGCUGUGAGUGCACAGGAAGGUUCUUCAGUUCAACAAACGGGGACAGACAAGAUCUCAGAAGAUCAAACUGGUGAUAAAACCAGUUCUGACUCCAAGGACUCAACAGAUCAAAUACAAAUUACAAUAUUAAGUCCAGAGGAAAUGAAAGAAAUAUUUUCGGAACAGGACGAUCAACCCAAUGAUGUAGACAAAUUGGAGGAAGCUCAGAAAGAAAAGCCUGACACAAAAGUGGUUAACCAGUGUGACUCACAAGAACCUCCAGAAAGAGAAAGUCGUGAAUCUAGAAUAUUGGACUCAGAGAAAGAUGACAUUCAUUGCUGUGCAUUGGGUUGGCUCUCUAUGGUUUAUGAGGGAGUACCCCAAUGUCAGUGUAAUACCGUCAAGAACUUGACUUCAAAGGAAGAGAAAAAGCAGUGCUCUCCUUUAGAGACCAACAGUUGUAAACAAGGAGAGAGAACUUCUGAUGAAGACAUCUCUAUUGUUAAAUUCACGAGUCUUUCAAAUAAUCCAAAGACGACUCUGACUCUUCCAGAUGGGAAAAGUCAUUUCCCUGAAAUAAAAGGCAACAAUACAAAAGAUAUAUCCGAAACAAAGCCUAAAGGCUUAAAAAGAACAGAACAAGAACUAACUGGUGAGUCUUUGUCUAAAUCUGAUAAACUAGAUUCCUCGCAAAAUCAUAAAAGAAAAAAGCCCCUCCAAUUUCAUGAGGUGACCUUUCACUCAAGUAAUAAAUCAUCAGCAUCUUAUGAACAAACAUCUCAUACCCUGCAGAAACCACACGUAGCACAAAACUUACGUCCACUGAAACCCAAGACCGUUUUUUUGACAAAUAAAGAUCUGAGUAAGAAUGGUUCUGUGGUACAGACAUCACCUGAAAAGGCAAAAAUGAAAUUCAAAGCAGAUGGCCUCAAACAAAAACAUUUGGAAAAAAGGAAGUUAGACCAAGGGGACAUACUAGAUGUGGAGUUAAAGAAGAAGAAACAUGACAGGCAAGAGCCAAAUAAAAAUGUAGGAGAUACACUCAAAUUAGGGAAUUCUCUGUCGAACUCAAAUGAAAAGGCCAGUGUUAAAGAAAAGACAGUAUCAAGUACGAAGUCUUCGGACCCAAAGCCUAGUUCAUCUAAACUUGGUAGAGUUUUAAGUACUAAGGAGUAUUUUCAAAGGCAAAAGCAUAAAGAAACUAUGGGUAAUAAAGUGUCAAGGAAAAUGCAUGGGAAAAAUGCACCACAUGAUUCUGAACACAUGAGAGCCAGGAAACUUUCUGUGCAGGGAGGGAGUUGUGGGAAAUUAAAUGAGAGACAGAGUAGUGUACAGUCCUCUAAAGAAUCAUCAAAUGGUUUGGCGAGCUGUGGUAAAAACCUAAAAGUCUACCAUUCUGAGGAGUCUAAAUCAUACAGCAUUUCAAAGAGUAUCAAAGAAAAGGUCGGCGGGAAGCAGACUGACAAAAUAUGGAUUGAUAAGACCAAAUUGGACAAAAAGUUAAGCAGUAUAAAUAAUGACAUUCAAGCCAGCCAGAUGCCUCCCCAGGCAAAAGAACAAAAGAAAUUAUACCUGAAUCGAGUUGCUUUUAAAUGUACUGAACGUGAAAGCAUUUGUCUCACCAAGUUCGACGGUUUGCCCAGGAAGCUUAAUAAAGAUAAAGAGAAGAGACAAGAAAAUAAACCUAAGACCUUUUUACCUGUGAAAGAGAUCACAGAAAAACCAAGCAUGCUGGAGUUUAAAUUAUGUCCAGAUGUGCUGUUAAAGAAUGCAAACGCUGGUGAAGAAAGGAAGGACUUAAAGCCUCACUCCAGGAAGGAGCAAGGCCCCGUACAAGUUUCAGGAAUAAAAAGUACGAAAGAAGACUGGUUAAAAUGUGUAACAACGAAGAAAAGGAUACAGGAAGACAACCAAGAAAUAGAUAAUGUUAAUUCAAGACUCUCCAAGAGAAGCCACAGUGCAAAUGGAUUGGAGAUGCUACAAAACCCAGUGAAAGAUUCAAAAGCAAUGUUUCAAACCUACAAGCAGUUGUACCUGGAGAAGAGGAGCAGGAGCCUUGGGAACAGUCCUGUCAAGUAGCAAUGAGAUGUGCUUCUGUGGUGCCACUGGGAUACUUGUCGUUUUCUAUUUAAAAUAUUUUGUUGGAAAUACCCAGAAUUGCCACAAUCAAGAUUUACUGGUCAGAUGGUCUGGUUCCCACAUAGGUUAUGUAUUUCGUUUAAAUUGCUUAACUAAAAUGGCUCAAGACCUUUGUGGGUAUGUGGAAGAACUAGAUGCUACUUGUCAGGGAAACCAUAGGGUAUUUGAAUAUCUACAUUAUUGUACCGAGUUUACCAUUAUUUGAAAAGGAAUGCUUGUACAAAUCUAGUUUUGCAAUGUUACCUAUCCAUCCUGCGGGAGGACUAUGCCCAGUUAAAGGACUUGUUUAUUUAACUGGGACUGUAAGUAUUUUUGUUUCUAAGCUACAUUAGUAAAACUUAUUUUUCAAAAAUGUCCGCUGUGAAUGUCAAAGUAUAUUCUUAAGUAUUUUGUACCUAAUUGUAAGCUUUUUUUUUGAGAAGUCUUGUUUUAUACUUGUUAAACUGAACACAAUUUUUGAUGUUACUUUUCGUACUUGAAAUAAACAUUUAUUUUGUAAGAAACUAAA